CCCUCUCUCAAUUUAACCGCUCUCUCUUACAUCCAACACCCUAUCCAUCAUCAUUUGAUCAUCAUCUCCACUACCACACAAACUAAAAGGGAAAAGGAGUCAUACUUUUGAUCACAACCCCCACACACACUUACACCACAACCACCAAUCAUGCAGAAAAAGGUUUUAUUAAAAGUGAUCAUCUUGGGAGAUUCAGGUGUUGGAAAGACUUCAUUGAUGAAUCAAUAUGUCAACAAAAGAUUCUCAGCAGCAUACAAAGCAACAAUCGGAGCAGAUUUCCUAACGAGAGAAGUAAUGGUUGAUGAUCGUUUAGUAACGAUGCAAUUAUGGGAUACGGCAGGUCAAGAAAGAUUUCAAUCUUUAGGUGUUGCUUUUUAUCGUGGAGCGGAUUGUUGUGUUUUAGUGUAUGAUGUUAAUUCGGCAAAAUCUUUUGAAACUUUGGAUAGUUGGAGAGAUGAAUUUUUAAUUCAAGCUUCUCCGCAUGAUCCGGAAAAUUUCCCUUUUGUCGUUUUGGGAAACAAGAUUGACGUUGAAGAAUCAAAACGAAUGGUUUCGCAAAAACGUGCUAUGCAAUGGUGUCAAUCUAAGGGAAAUAUUCCUUACUUUGAAACAUCUUCGAAAGAAGCAAUCAACGUCGAACAGGCUUUCCAGACAAUCGCUAAGAAUGCCUUGCAACAGGAAGCUGAAGCGGAGUUGUAUGCCGAUUACCCUGACCCGAUCAGAAUCGAUAGCGAUACCAACCAAGGCGGAUGCAACUGUUAGGUUAACGUCCUUACUCAUUGUACAUGCAAGUGCAAGUAUGUCUUACAUGAAAGCGACAAUAGCUUGCAGUGGCCAUCCACACUAUAUCUUUUUACUCUCUUUUUUGUCCUUUUGAUUCCCAGGUUUCGUUUUUUCUCUCUAGCAUUGACUUUCUCUAAUGGCAUAU